AUGACUGGAAAAAAGGUUCUGCAAACAGUUCCGGCGACAAUGAAGGAUAGUUCAGUAGAAUGGGAGCCCAUAAAGGAAGGAUAUAAAGUGAAACUGAGAACUAAAGGAGGUAAAUUCUUGAGGGCUAAUGGCGCAACGCCGCCGUGGAGAAAUUCUAUAACUCAUGAUCUGCCGCACAGAACCGCCACCCAGGAUUGGGUUCUGUGGGAGGUGGAGGUGGUGGAUAUAUCUGUAUUGAAUAACGAGUAUAUAUCGAGCUGCGCCUCCAGUUUUUCGUCGGAAUAUGACUAUUCGGAUUCAAACACUCGUUCUCCAUCAAUUACCUACGGGAGCCGGGAGAAUAGCUUGCAAUCCGGCGCCACGCCAGAGAGUCGUCGGCCGUCAAUCGUCGCUUCUCAGAGCCGCUGGCCAUCGAUUGCAUCGGAUACGUCCUCACACACAAGUGGAAGACAGGGUGGAAUGGAGUUCUUCAACAAAGCUAAAGCAGUUAGACUCCAAGGUCAUCUCGGCAAGUACCUGGUAGCAGAAGAAGACGAAGAAACAGUCCGGCAGAGCCGCAAUGGUGCUUCACAUAAGGCUCGAUGGACAGUUGAAUUCAUCGAAGGAAAAAACACCGUAAUCCGCCUUAAGAGCUGCCACGGAUGUUACCUCACAGCAGUGGAUGAGCCAUUUCUUCUCGGCAUGACCGGGAAAAAGGUUCUGCAAACUAUUCCGACAUCAAAAAUGGACACUUCAAUUGAAUGGGAGCCCGUAAAAGAAGGGAAUUAUGUGAAACUAAUGACUAGGGAAGGGAAGUUCUUAAGGGCUAAUUGGGGAACGCCGCCAUGGAGGAAUUCAUUAACUCAUGAUAUUCCUCAUAGAACUGCAACUCAAAACUGGGUCUUGUGGGGAGUGGAUAUUGUGGAUAUUUCCAUAUCGGAUUCGGAUCCGGGGUCGAGUUUUUCUUCGUUGCCGGAGGAUAAUACCGGUUCACAGGAUACAGGGUCGCCGACUAUCAAUCUAGAAGGAGACAGAGAGUUCUUGCCUGUAGUCGGAGAUGGUGCAGUGGGGAAAUCUGGCGGUGGAGGUGCUGGAGGAGAAGAAUCUGCUACGGAAGGGGAUAUCGAGGGAGUAGCGGGAGAGCUCUUCACUGGCAGUUGGGGGAAGGGGAAUAUUCCAACGAAUCUACGGCGAUUGUACAGUGAAAAUGAUGGUGAGAAGGAGGGUCAGAGAGAGUGA